UUAGUUCUUAGGUACGGUGCAUAAAUCCCUUAGAAUAUAGAUAUUAAAUUACAAUCGAUAUUUUAAAAUGUUAAUACACGCCAUUGGUCUCAAAACAAGAAAUUCGGGUAAAAUCGGUCAUUCUGGCAUAGAAACCAUCGACAUAAAAUAUUUAUGUUAUUAUAGGUCUAUGGUUUAACCACAGAAUGAUUGGAAUAUACAGACCAUAGAAUCCUAAGCACGUCAUGCUGAGGCCAUUAUUGUCAGAAUCAAUCAAGCCCAUGAGUCUCUAUGAUCUACAGAGCAGGUUCUAAGCAUAGAAAUAUAAUAUAUUAUUAUAUUUCUAUGGUUCCAAGGUACUGUCGCUCUAAUUUUCACUCUCGUAUCACUUCGAGUUAGAUCCUGUAUAGUUCAACUGUGUUUGUUAUAUUAAAUUCUGCAUCCUGGGUGUUAUUUCUUACAUUAGAAGCUUUAGAUAAUUUAACAUUUAUUAUUUCAAAAUGAAAGUGGAGGCAAGUGAAAUGAAUGAAAUUAUUGAAUUUCCGAAUUUUAAAGAAAACAUUAAGACCCAUUUAGAAAAAACCGAAGAUGUUGAUAUAUCCGAACAAUUCAUAGAUGAGAAUGGCGUUCAUGAGAGGACAAUAUACUUGGAAAAUAUUGAACAUGAAUUAAGAUAUCCAUCUAAACAAAAUGGUUUUCAUGAUGAUUCUUUACAAAUAGAAGAAUUGCCCCAAAUUCAUAAAGAAUCUUUCCAUCUCAAUAUGAAGAAACAAAAGUGUCGCCUGUGUGAUUUUGCUGCAAAUCUCAAAACGGAGCUCAAGAGACAUUUCGAUUCGGUUCAUUCAAAUGAGAAGAAUCAUAAGUGUCACCUGUGUGGUUAUGCUACAAAUCAUAAAGUGCAUCUUAAACAACAUAUGAAUUCUAUUCACAUAAAUUUGAAGGAACACAAGUGUCACCUGUGUGAUUUUGCUACAAAUAGUAAAAUGAUUCUCAAACGACAUGUAGAAUCCGUUCAUUUGAAAUUGAAGCAAAUUAAGUGUCACCUGUGUGAUUAUGCUACAAAUCGGAAAGAUCUUCUCAAACGACAUAUAGAAUCAGUUCAUUUGAAUUUAAAAGAACAUAAAUGUCGCCUGUGUGAUUAUGCUGCAAAUCAGAAAAUGGAGAUCAAGAGACAUUUCGAUUCGGUUCAUUUAAAAUUGAAGAAACAUAAGUGUCAUAUGUGUGAUUAUGCCGCAAAUUCUAAAAAAAGUGUUGAAUGGCAUGAAGAAUCAGUCCAUUAUAAAUUGAGGAAACAUAAAUGUCACCUGUGUGAUUAUGCUGCAAAUCUGAAAACGAAUCUCGAGAGACAUUUAGUUUCGGUUCAUUUAAAUUUGAAAGAACAUAAGUGUCACCUGUGUGAUUAUGCUGCAAAUCUCAAAAUAAAUCUCAAAGAUCAUAUAGAAUCAGUUCAUUUAAAAUUGAAGGAACAUAAGUGUCACCUGUGCGAUUAUGCUACAAAUCGGAAAGAUCUUCUCAAACGACAUAUAGAAUCAGUUCAUUUGAAUUUAAAAGAACAUAAAUGUCGCCUGUGUGAUUAUGCUGCAAAUCAGAAAAUGCAGAUCAAGAGACAUUUCGAUUCGGUUCAUUUAAAAUUGAAGAAACAUAAGUGUCAUAUGUGUGAUUAUGCCGCAAAUUCUAAAAAAAGUGUUGAAUGGCAUGAAGAAUCAGUCCAUUAUAAAUUGAGGAAACAUAAAUGUCACCUGUGUGAUUAUGCUGCAAAUCUCAAAAAAAAUCUCAAAGAUCAUAUAGAAUCAGUUCAUUUAAAAUUGAAGGAACAUAAUUGUCUUCAGUGUGAUUUUGCUACAAAUCGGUUUCAUUUUCUCAAACGACAUGUACAAUCAGUUCAUUUGAAAUUGAAGGAACAUAAGUGUCACCUGUGUGAUUAUGCUGCGAAUCAGAAAGUGCAUCUCGAAAAACAUUUGAAUUCAGUUCAUUUGAAUUUGAAGCCACAUAAGUGUCACUUGUGUGAUUAUGCUGCAAAUCGGAAAACGUAUCUUCAGCAACAUUUAAAUUUUGUUCAUUUAAAUUCGAAAAAAGAAGUAUCACCUGUGUGAUUAUGCUACAAAUCGGAGAGGGAUUCUCAAACCCCAAUUAAGAAAUAAGACACUAAUGGCUCAAAGUUUUCCAUUAUAUGCGAGCGUACCUGCAUUCAACACUAUACCAGAAAAUAUAGUUGCUACUGAUAGUACUAAAACAAAAAUUCAUCCCAAGCUCAAACAAUACAUGGAAACUUUGGAAUGAGGAUAACCUACUUGUUUAUUUUGAUAAAUAUUUAAAUUUAUUUUUUUAUAUAUUGUUUACUUGGUGUUUAUGUUAUUUCAUUUUCAAAUGUAAACUAAAUCUUUUAUAUAUUGUCAAUAAAGACCUAUUAUUGUUAUUUUUAUUAUUUUUAUAAGUGUCACCUGCAUUAAUAUGCUGCAAAUCGGAAAUUGGAUCCCUAAAAAAAAAUUAAAUUCGAAGAAUCCUAGGUCAGUUGUAACAACGUUAAUCGUACGAACAAAUACUGUUAUCCAUUUGGAAAUUGAAUGAGGUCUUAUCAAUAGUAAGUAUG